UCGAAGACUGACUCUGUCUUCGCAUAUUUGGUCCCUUUGCUCCUGGAUUCAGAUUAGGCAAUCCAUCGAUCAACAGAUUUGCAGAGAGCGUUCACAUCGGUCGGAUCGUUCCGUCGAUCAAAGGGUUUCAGAUCAGAUAAAGAAAAGAAUCAAAGAAAGGAAUGUCUAAGAACGAAGAGCCGGUCAUCGGGAUCCCUUAUGCACCGAACUACAAGUACGAGGGCCCGAUGGUGCAGCAGCAACAAUGCCAACAAUUCUAUGUGGGACAAAACCCAUAUCAGGGUGGAGCCAUCCCUCCCAACGCCAUUUUCAUGGAUCCACAAGGGAUGCCUUUGCAGCAGACCAUGUUUAGAGAUACCCCCGCACCCUUCAGCUGCCCUUAUUGUGGCAUUUCUGGCGUCACCACCGUUAGAUCAAAACCGAGUCUGGCAGCUGUUGUGGGUUGCAUGAUGCCAUUUAUGCUCGGUGUCUGUUUCCUCUGCCCUUCAAUGGACUGCCUCUGGCAUAAAUAUCACUAUUGCCCUAGCUGCAAUGAAAAGGUUGCUGACUUCGAGAAAUCAGAUCCAUGCCUGGUGGCUGAUCCUCCACAGUGGACCCAAGAGAGCUUUGCUUUGCCUGCUUAAUGAUUCCUUCUAUCUUUACUGUUUAUGUUUGUGAUAAUUUGCAUCCAGUGUGUAUGAGUACUUCUUUUCCCUUUAUUUUAGGGGUGUAAAUAAUCCAUGAGACUAGGCUGGAAGAAUUAUAUCACCUGGUAGAAUGUGUAAUUGAUUAUAACAUACUGUAAAUCAUGUUGAUCG